GGCCCGUAUCCAUUUUGGCUCAAGCUCAGGUCUAAGCCUGCGUUCCAGCAUGCUUGCACACCAGGCCUUGCGAUGCGUGCGCCUGUUGCAGCCCCGAUCCCAGCCGUGGUGGGGGCUCCCGAUCGCAAUCCCGCAUUGCCGGCCCCUUCAGGGGCAUCUGCAGGGGGGCACUGGCCAAGCGAGGGGAGCAUCGACCGCAAUCCCCCCGAUGGCCCCGCCCGCGCGAGCUUGGAAUUGUCCCGCCGAUCGCUGACCCUGCGCGACGCGACGGAGGAGAUGCUGGUGGAGCUUCGCGGAGCGCCGCUGCAGAGCUGCUUCAGCGGCCUUGGCCAGGUCUGGGCGAGCUCCGCUGGGAGGCAGAGCCACUACGAGUGCACGCGGAAGCGGGACCGCCUCGACUGCUUCGUCUCCCACGACUGGGGGACCGGCCGAUGGGUGAAGCUGCUGACCCUCGCCGUGUACUUCAACGGCGUCCCAGCGCUCUGCGCCAGCUUCGCCGUGGGCAUGCUGGUCUUGACGCUGCAGGUGACUGGCGUGCUGGUGCAGCGGAAGAAGCCGGAGCGUUUCCAGGCGGCUGGGGUGGAGUACGAGGAGGCCCACGGCGUUUGGUGUUUCCCCGCCGGCAUUUGCACCUUCUUCUUCGUCCUCUUCUAUUGGCAGGUCUGCCGUGAGUGUGUCCUGCAGCCCUUGUACGUCUUCGUCGACAAGAUGUGCAUCAACCAGCGGGAUCCCGUGCAGAAGGAGCGGGGGGUGCACUCGCUCGGCGGCUUCCUCCAUAAGUCGGAUCGGAUGCUCAUGCUGUGCACGCCCAGGUAUUUCUCGCGGAUGUGGUGUGCCUUCGAGGUAGCCGCGUGGCUGCGGCUCAAGGACGUCGGCUCGAUCGUCUUCCUACCGCCAAGCGACGCGGUGUUCACGGGCGUCUUCUUCUCCAUCGUGUUGCUCAGCCACUGUGGCGUCUACGUUGGCACGCACUUCCCCGGCGUGCCGAUCAGCGCCUGCGCGAAGGUCGCCGCCCUCUUCGCCCCGCUCCCCCUCGCCAUGUCGGCGAGGCCAGUGAUGCGGGACCUCCUGUCGAUGCCGGAGCUGCUGCGCGCGCACGACGUGGCCCAGACCAAGUGCUUUUGCUGCGAGCAGAAGCACGUGGACCCAGCGACGGGGUCUGCGCUCGCGUGCGACCGCGAGAUGGUCUACGACGCGAUCGACAGCUGGUACGGGAGCGGCACGCCGCGUUCAUCGCUCGAGAUGUUGGCAGAUUCAAGCCAGUCGUGCACCGCAGCGGCAUGCCGUGACGGCAAGGCGCGCUUCAACGAGGAGGUCCAGACCAAGCUCUCGAAGGCGCUUCAGGUCAUGGUCGCCCGGCCAGUGAGCUACACCUCAUGCCUCAUCUCCGCCUCUCCUGCGAUGUGGUAUUUCCUCGACCAGGUUACCGCCAUUGUCUUGGACGGCCCGUACGACGCUUACUUGACUCUCAAGCGCGCCGUUCGAACCGUCACCAUCAGUUUCCUCCUCUGGCCGCUCAUGCGCGCCAACAUAGUGGCGAUGGCGAAGCGCUUCCGGCGUCGCGGCGCGGACCGUUGCCAGGAGCUCGGGCGCUCAUUCGCGGUCUUCUCACUAGCCCAAAACAUACCCGGACCCGGGGUCAGCUGGGGUGAAAAAGGGCCGCCCGCUAGAGCGUUUUCGGCCUUGCCGCCACCUCGUCUGGGUACGGGUCGGUGCCCGAAACAACCAAACAUACCCGGACCUAGCUGGGGUGGUGGUUGGGUCACCCCGUCUAGGUACGGGUAUGUAUGGUGGUUUCGGGAGCCGACCCGGACCCAGGGGGGGUGAUGCCCCGAGGGCCCCUUGCCACCCCGUCUGGGUAAGGGUACGGGUAUCUUUCGCGCUCGAGAUCUUCGGGAUUGGCUACCUUCCGAUCUACGUCUGCUACUGGGUGCUAGUCGGAGUCGCCACUCCUUCCGAGAGCAUGGCCAUCGAGGUUGUGCUCGUCGUCUUGCUGGUCGUCUGGCUCGCCUCAUUGCUGUACCCCGUGCGACUUCGAGCGACUGCUUCACCGAAGGCCGAACUUGACGGGACGACAUGAGGGCCUCGCCGGGGGCUGAAACCCAGUGAUCUUCUUCCGCAGAAGCGAAGCAGAAUCUUCGCAUGCGUUUUAACCCUGUGCUGGUGAUAAUCACACCAUUCGGAUAAUAAAUUUCAGCCCGGAGGGUGGCGGAGCAUGCGCUCGGGAAUUCUGAGAAGUGCGAGAAGUGUUUAAGCCGAACGACUUGUGUCAUCGAUUCAGGUGCGAUGGGAAGUGUUCGUGGCGCAACGCGCGUUGGUGUACGCCUGCAUGAACGCGCAGUUUCAUGUCGCUCAUUCUCGUGAGUUUUCCCAACCAUCCUGUGGUGUUGGGUCAUCGUUUUGAAGAGACAGCGCCGCGCGUCCCCUCCUCCUUCCUCCUCCCUCCUCCCGCU